AUGGGUAAUACGAAUGCGAACAGCAACGCUCCGCCAUCUCCUGGUCGAUGGACCAGUAGUGGACAGGACGCAGCAUCCAAGCAAAUCCAUAUCCGUACGGACCAAGCUAACGGAUUUUACUUUACCGGCGAACUUCUAACUGGCUCAGUUGAAAUUCCAGUGGCAUAUUUUCAAAAUUAUCUAAACAAUAAAAACCAUCGCAAAGCACCUGAUACACUCAUUCAACAAUUAUUAUCGAAUGACAUUGUAAUCGAACUUGUUGGCGAUGCGAUCUAUUCAGCUGAAGUGGAUGCAGCAGCAGAUAGUGACGGACAUUCUCAGCAUCAAGUUAAUGUCUGUCGACAACGUUGUUUUGUAACACUUAAUCAAGAGAGUGCAAGGCAAUCGAUGCCAAGUACUAAUCAAAAUGAGACAUCAUUUGAUCAAACGACAACAACAACAACAACAGUAGCACGUAGUAGCGAUAUCCAAACAUCAGCAUUACCAACGGCAAUCAAAGGUAUAUUUCAAUUACAAAUACCAGAUGAUCUUCCUCCAUCGUUAUUCAAUAAUCGACCGCCAUCCGUGAGCUAUACCCUCGAAUUAAAUCUCUCCUCGAGUCGCUACCGUUAUCAAAUACCUCUUGUGCUCAGCUCGAAAGGUCCCAUACCACAUCCGACGACGAACGUCGAGUUGAAUAAUAACGCAAUUAAUCAGCAUAAUAUCCAUUUACAAGCGUCAACUACAAAACGAUUCUAUCGGCCCGGUGAACAAAUAUCGGUUCGCUUAAACUAUUUGAAUCCACAUCAACGUUUGAUUCGUUCAAUAACCGUUACAUUGAUACAAUUCUAUCGUGUACAUAACGAUCAAUAUCGCUUACAAUUGGAUGGUAAGGAAUGGACAUUUGAUCUGUCAACAAUGUCGCCUCAACGUGAAUGGGUUGGUGAAACACUUCUACAAUUGCCAUAUCAACCAUUACAAGCAUCUUAUUCAAAUCAAUCUGUUGGUACCACUCAACGAAUUGAAUGCGAAUUAGAUUAUAGAAUAUUAAUUGAAUUAAAUGAGAAAAAAGGCGAUGAUAUACAUCUUCUGUUACCGUCGAUUCUUGUUACAUAUCAAAAAGGAACAUAA